AUGAACAACGAAAAAACCAAUGAUCUGGUGGCUAUUGAAAGUAAAAGAGUCAGUGUUACAUCAAAUGACUUUGACUCUGAAGUUGCCAGUGAGAAAAAUUUUGGAGAUAUUGACAGAUCAAAUGGUGCCUCAGCCUUUAUGAGUUACUGUAAUGUUGUUUGUGUCGUAGCUGGUACUGGUGUCCUUGGCUUACCCAUGGCCCUGAGACAAGGUGGCUGGAUUGGUCUAGUGAUCUUGUUCUUGGCGUGGUCCAUGUCAAUCUACACGGCCAAUUUGUUGGUCAAAUGUUUAUAUGCUGGAGGAGGUGAAGUCAAGAGACUUGCAACAUACAAAGAUGUCGCUACCGCCGCUUUUGGAACUGUAGGUGGCUGGGUCACCUUCUUCUUUAACGCUUGGAUCUUGCUUGGUGGUCCCGUCCUGUAUCUUGUGCUUUCUGGUCAAAAUAUCAACCAGCUCUGCCAAGGUACAGCUGGUGAACUUGGCGACACUCCCUGGAUUAUCAUCUCUUGCGUUAUUGUUGCUAUUCCUUUCAUUCUCGUCAAAAACAUGAAAGAUGUUGCGUGGAUUAGUGCUUUGGGUCUUGUCGCCAUUGUCGUCACCGUUCUUGUCGUUUUAAUCAUGUCAGCUAUCGACAAGCCUAAUCAAGUGAAUGCUCAUCAUGAUGUAGUCAUCUGGGAUAUGUUCCCGAUUGCACUUAGUACUAUUGCUUUCUCAUUUGGUGGCAAUGUUGUCUAUCCUCAUAUUGAAUCAUCAAUGAAGAAACCUCAGAGCUGGGCCAAGGUAGUUGCUGGUGGCCUUUCUACCUGUGCUGCUCUUUACAUGGUUGUCGCUGUUUGUGGUUAUUUCGUCUAUGGUACUAACGUCAUGAAUCCUAUUUACAACUCAUUACCCAAUAACGCUGGCAGAACUGUGGCCAUCGUUGUGAUCACCAUCAAUGUGCUGACCUCAGCUCCCAUUUACACCAUGUCUUUCUCGCUCGAUGUUGAAGAAAUGUGCAACAUUUCUGUCGAGCGUUUUGGCAAAAUCAAGGAAUUCUUGAUUCGCGCUACUCUCCGUAUUGCUCUCAUGGCUGUUAUCUGUGUUGUUGCCUGUAUAGUGCCCCAUUUCGGUACCUUGAUGAGUCUGAUUGGUGCUUUUGGCAAUUGUACCUUGAUUUUCAUCUUCCCCGUUGCAUUCUAUCUCAAGCUUACCGGUAUUCGCAACAAGCCAAUCUACGAGCUUGCUUGGUGUGCUCUCGUUGUCCUUCUUGGUCUCGUUGGUCUUAUUUUUGGUACAAUGGAAGCCAUCAAGCAGCUGAUUAUUGACUUUAGUUAA